AUGUCCAAUUUGAUCUUGUGGAUCCCCGAGAAUUAUAAACCUGAGGAUAUAUGUAAAGAAACAUUGUUUUCGAUCGUUGAUUCUACUUGGGAGAACAAUUUGUCCCCUCAAAAUGGGAGCUUUUUGGUAAAUUGGUUAGCCGAGAGUGCUGAUGAUUUCAGAGUCGGGGCGCUUCUGCUUAGGCAUUGUAAAUUUGCGGGUUUUGGGGUUGGGAGUAGAAGCUAUGGUGAGACCUUUAAUGCGGUUGCGAGGGUCAUUUCUGUUAAAUUACAGAAGCUCGGGGCAGUGAAGGUUGUGGGAAGGGACUGUGGAAGAAGGAAAUUUGGAUGA